UGUGUGUGUGUGUGUGUGUGUGUGUGUGUGUGUGUGUGUGUGUGUGUGUGUGUGUGUGUGUGUGUGUGUGUGUUCGCGCGUGUCAUGUUUGUCUCUUAUAGGAUGAGCAUUAAUGAGCAGGUUGUGGGGAUGGACAUAUAGUAACCAGAAAUGGAAAAUGUGCACUCUGGUGAUAUAAAUAAGUGAGCCUACCGUCCUUGUGGUGCAUUGUCAAGGAGACUACGCUUGAAGUCGUUUUCUUUCUUGGGGUAGUUUGCAGCGAUGGCAACAGUACACACGUUCUUGUUGGUGUAUGCGGUCCUUCUCAGUGCCAGCGUGCCCUUAUUUUCACUUCAUACCAGCGGGGAGUGCUUCUUCAACACCAAAGGGAGUUGUGAGUACUCGGGUCAGGUGUAUGGGAUAGGACAGCGUUGGAUCACUGUGGAUUGUUACCAGUGUGUCUGCAUGGAGCCUUUUGGAGUUGGAUGCUGUGAUCACGGCUCCAAACCUGUGGACUAUCCUGAAUGGUGUGACAUCAUCCGCAAGCCUGACUCUUGCACCAGUGUGGUGGUAAUGAGAGCCAAUCACAAGCUGCCUUGCCUGUGGGGACGAGGCCACCUCCGGACAGCUGGGGGCCUCCCCUGGAAGGCUGACAAUGAUCCCAUGUUUUGAGUCCAGUAACUUAUGCAAAAUAGAAUAAUGUUAUUGUACAGUAUAUGUUAUCGUAAUAAAAUAUUUCAUUUUUGUUUCCCCCUAAAAAAAUAACAUUGAACCAUGAAGUGUAAACUGAUUGUCAUUCUGGUACAGUAGUGACUUCAGAUACAAGUGAAUGAACUCAUGAUAUUUUUGAGAUACGAGCCACGAGUCUGGCGAAUUUUUGCUUUGAGUUACAAGCAAAAAUUUAAGAUAAUGUGCAAUAGUAUGUGGAAUAAAAAAAAAAAAAAUCAGCUGUUUUAAUGCCAAUUCCAGUUUACUGUAAAACUAAACAUAAAACAAAGAGAUGCAUGUUGUAUAUUUAAAAUGCCAAAGACGGUAAGAAAUAGCCUACAUAGUCACUGUGUUAUCACCAGAUAUUUGAACACAAGAUGUGCAUCAACACAUGUAGAUUAGAGAUGUGAAUCUCAGCAAUGAGGACGAUUCGAUACACAUCUCGAUGCACUACCAGCGAUGCGAUACUUAAACGAUACAUGGAAUUUUCUGGCGACACGAUGCGAUACGUUUCACCGUCUUCACGAUGUGAUACGAUGCGAUACACAUUUAGUUCAAAUCAAUGCGAUCCGAUCCGAUACAGUGCAAUUUGUUGUGAUAUUGUGUGUGCAAUUAAACAU